GGAGACAUACUUUCAAUUUAAGGUUAUUUAAUUUAACAAAAGUUGAAGCAGAGCGAAUAGAAAAUGGAGUAUUCCAUUUUCAUUAGCACCCUUGUUUUAUCAGCUGCAUCACUUUUUCUCUACUCAGUGUUGAGAAUAAUAUAUGUAGUUUGGUGGAGACCCAAAAGCUUGGAGAAGUACUUCAGGCAGCAAGGAAUCAAAGGAACUUCCUACAAGCUUUUGCAUGGUGACACUAAAGAAGUUGUCAGGUCCUCAAAGGAAGCAAGGUCCAAACCCAUGACUCUGAAUCACCAUAUCGUGCCACGUGUAGUACCGUUCAUCCAUCAAAUGGUGGAAAACUAUGGAAAAAUCUGUAUGAGUUGGAAGGAAACGAGGCCAAGUAUAAUAGUGGCGGACACUGAGCUGAUGAAGUUGGUAUUAACAGACAAGAAUGGUCAUUUUGUAAAGCCACCAGUAAACCCUCUGGUGGAUCUUCUGCAGCUGGGAGUCUCAACUUUGGAAGGCCAGAAAUGGGCCAAACGCAGAAGGCUGAUAACACCUGCUUUUCACCUUGAGAAGUUGAAGGAAAUGGUACCAGCAUUUGCAACAAGUUGUUGUAACUUAGUUGAUAGAUGGACAAAGUUGGUGAGUCCUGAAGGGUCUUGCGAAUUGGAUGUUGCACCGGAGUUCCAUAAUCUUGCUGGUGAUGUUAUUGCUCGAACGGCUUUUGGGAGCAGCUAUGAAGAGGGAAAAAGGAUAUUUGAACUCCAGAAAGAGCAAGUUGUUUUGGCGCUUGAAGCUUUCUAUUCCUUCUACAUUCCUGGGUUUAGAUUCAUACCCACAAGAAAGAACAGAAGGAGAUAUGAAAUAGACAAGGAGAUAAAAACAACAUUAAGGGAUAUGAUCCAUAAGAAAGAGCAGGCCAUGAGAAAUGGAGAAUUCAGGAACAAUGAUCUACUAGGCUUGUUGUUACAGUGCAAAGGACAAUCUGAAUAUGAGAUGACUGUUGAAGAUGUCAUAGAGGAAUGCAAAUUGUUCUACUUUGCUGGCCAGGAGACCACGGCCACCUGGCUCACAUGGACAUUGAUCAUCUUAUCCAUGUACCCAAAUUGGCAAGAAAAGGCAAGAGAAGAGGUUCAACAAAUCUGUGGAAAGAGAAUUCCUAGUGCCGAAAGCAUAAACCAUCUCAAAGUUGUAUCCAUGAUCUUGCAUGAAGUCCUGAGACUCUAUCCACCCGUAACUAAGUUGGGUCGACAUACUAGCAAGAAAACUAGCAUAGGAGGAAUCUCGAUUCCCGCCGGAGUAGACAUUCAGUUACCGACAUUGUUGAUUCACUAUGAGCCAGGAUACUGGGGAGAUGAUGUAGAAGAAUUUAAACCAGAGAGAUUUGCUGAAGGAGUUUCCAAAGCAUCAAAGGAUCAAAUCGCCUUCUAUCCCUUCGGUUGGGGUCCUAGAUUUUGUCUAGGCCAAAAUUUUGCUAUGAUAGAAGCAAAGAUGGCACUGGCUAUGAUUCUUCAACAUUUCUGGUUCGAGCUCUCCCCUUCUUACACCCAUGCUCCUCAUCAAGUCAUUACUCUUCAACCCCAACACGGUGCUCCCAUCAUAUUGCACCAAAUCUAAGUUCCUUAUAUGUUAAAGGAAUGGAAAUAAAGGUUUACGUAUGGAGUUUAAUUAGUCCAUUUUGAGAGUUUGAAAUAAGAUUUGGGUCCAAAAAGCCUUUAUUCAC